UGGAUUGUGGGCUAGUGGAGGUCUUUCUAUUUCACUAUGGCAGGUUUUUUGGCCGGUUUCGCGUUUUUCUCCUUCUUAUUAUAUCACUCUGCUGCUGUUUUUGAAGACCAGGUCGGGAAGUUUGACUGGAGACAGCAGUAUGUAGGCAGAGUACGCUUCGCCUAUUUCGACACCCAAACGCAGGCAUCCAAAAAGCUCCUGCUGGCCACCGAGCAGAAUAUUAUCGCUUCCCUCAAUUCCAGGAAUGGAGAAAUCUUCUGGAGGCACGUGGACAAGAGUGGGCCAGAGGGAGGCAUUGAAACGAUGCUGUUCCAUGGUCAAGAUGCAGUGGUGGUGUCUGGAAAUGGGCGAUUGUUGCGCUCUUGGGAAACUAACGUUGGUGGUUUAAACUGGGAGACCCUGUUGGACACUGGAAGUUUUCAGGCGGCCACUUUUGUAGGGUUGCAGGACUCGGUGAAGUAUGUGGCCGUGCUGAAGACAGGUGCCAUCUCCCUGCACUACCUCUCCAACGGCCAUCAGAGAUGGGUAGAGAACCUACCAGAUAGUGAGACCGUGCAGUACCAGACAGUGUACUCGGGGGGUAGUGGAGAGGUCUAUGUGUUGGGAGUAGUGCCUCACUCCCAUCUUGUCAUCAUUGCCUACAACAUUGAGGAUGGAGAGAUAAUGAAACAGAGAUCUGUGGAAGCUCCGUGGCUGGCCAGUCUGCAGCCAGGCUGUGCAGUGGUCAGCACUGGGGUCCUGGUGUGUGUUGACCCCACCACCCAGUCCCUCUACACCCUGCCCCUGGACACUGACCACCAGCAGGAUAUGAAGCAGCUCCUGCUGCAGUCUCUGGAUCUCGAGGUGUCCCUUGGAUUCCAGCCGGUCAUUGUGUCCACCCAGCCCAACCCGGCCCGGCCCCCACUCCCCGAGUUCUUCCUGCAGCUCGGCCCCGAUCACCACACCCUGCUGCAGCUCGGCGACGGCCUGGUUAUCUCCCUCCGGGCCUUCCAGCCGCUGUGUCUUAUUAUGAUUACAAAAACUACAACAUGUUACUACUCUCUUCCCAUCCCCAGUCGGAUCUCUAAGUCUCUCUCUUACGGUGUUUCUUUAUUCCUCUCAUUGCUACGUUUGGAUCCAGCUAUUCAAGACGGUCUGCUGGGAAUGGUGCUGAAGCGCCUGUCGUCCCAGCUCAUCCUGCUGCAGGCCUGGACAGCCCACCUGUGGAAGCUCUUCUACGACGCCCGCAAACCCCGCAACCACGUUAAGAACGAAGUCACCAUCGAGACUCUGGCCCGCGACGAGUUCAACCUGCAGAAGAUGAUGGUGAUGGUGACGGCAUCGGGGAAGGCCUGCAGCAUCAAUCUGUACUCUGCAACAUCUGGGAGGAGACUCCUGGACACCUCCAUCACCUACCACACGGACCCCAGUGGUGGGCGGCCAGAGAGACUCUAUGUACACGCGUUCCUGAAGAAAGAUGACUCUGUUGGCUACCGGGUCUUGGUACAGACUGAGGAUCAUGCCCUGACCUUCAUUCAGCAGCCAGUGUUUGUGUGUGUCUCUGGCCUGGCUUUUUCUGCGGCAUUCAUCCAGGUCACAGCUUUUCCCUCCACAAAGAAUGUCCUGCAGCAGCUGCAGGAGAUGGCCUCCUCCAUCUUCUUCUACCUGGUGGACUCCGCCCAGGGCAGGCUGGCUGGCUUCCGACUGCGCAAGGACCUGUCCACUGAGCUGAUCUGGGAGGUGGUCAUUCCCACAGAGGUGCAGAGGAUUGUGGCAGUGAAAGGGAAGAGAGCUAACGAGCAUGUCCAUUCUCAGGGGCGUGUGAUGGGUGAUCGCAGUGUCCUCUUCAAGUACCUGAACCCUAACCUGCUGGCCGUGGUGACAGAGAGCACCGAUGCCCACCAGGAGCGCAGCUUUGUGGGAAUCUAUCUGAUCGACGGCGUCACGGGGCGCAUCAUUCACGAGGCUGUGCAGAGGAAAGCCCGCGGGCCUGUGCACUUCGUCCACUCCGAGAACUGGGUGGUGUACGAGUACUGGAACACCAAGCUGCGGCGGAAUGAGUUCUCGGUGCUGGAGCUGUUCGAGGGCACGGAGCAGUACAACAGCUCCGCCUUCAGCUCCCUGGACCGCCCACACGCCCCCCAGGUGCUGCAGCAGUCCUACAUCUUCCCCUCCACCAUCAGCACGCUGGAGGCCACCCUCACCGAGAAGGGAAUCACCAGCCGCCAUCUCCUGGUGGGGCUGCCCUCUGGAGCCAUCCUCUCCCUGCCCAAGAUGUUCCUUGAUCCCCGCCGACCGGAGGUGCCAUCAGAGCAAAGUCGUGAAGAGAACCUUAUACCUUAUGCCCCAGAGAUGCCGAUCCGCACAGAGUGGUUCAUUAACUACAAUCAGACUGUGUCCAGAGUGAGAGGGAUCUACACUGCCCCCUCUGGUUUGGAGUCUACCUGUCUGGUGGUGGCAUACGGCCUGGACAUCUACCAGACGCGGGUCUACCCCUCGAAGCAGUUCGACGUUCUGAAGGAUGACUAUGACUACGUGCUGAUCAGCAGCGUGCUCUUCGGCCUGGUGUUUGCCACCAUGAUCACGAAGCGGCUGGCCCAGGUCAAGUUGCUGAACCGCGCCUGGCGGUAAGGCGUGCUUUGCUUCAGCCAGGACACCCCACAUGACGGACGCCGCCCCUUCUGCAAACUGGCGCCCUGGGAUGACUUGGACAGCGGUUUCCAGACCCAUUUUCUGUAGACCACUAAUACCCAGGUUCUUCCCAACCAGAGCCCUUCAUCAUCCAACAUUUAGAAUCCUCUGAAUCUGGUAGCGAAAUUGUAGGGAUAUUUGUAUGUAGUGUCACAACGUGCACGUGGGAAAAGAGACAUCAGAAUGAUUUUGGGGGUAUUUCCCUUGACUACUUUUCAUGUGAUCUUCCGUACUUGAAUGUUUUUCUUGAAGAUGAUCUCAGAACUGUUGGAAAGCUGUUGUCCUCGUUAGCUGGAAUUUCUUGAUUAAUAAAGAAAGGACUGUAUGUACCUCCAAUGAAGAGGAUUCCUUUGACACACCCUUGGAAUUCCACUCUCCACCUGAAAGUUCUUUCAGAAAGCAGAGGGCUCUGAAUUGAGCUAUCCCUUUCAUUUUUACUGUCUGUGCAUUGUACUUUAUUUAACACAGGAUUGGCCAUAACAUUUUAUUUUACAAUAGAACAAAUAUUUACUUUUCAGUGACUCGUUGUUAAUGAGUUGCCAUUUCUACGGAAUGAUUGUGUUGAUGUUGUUCGGGCUCUGGUUGAAAUGCAAGCUUUAGGAGAUUUGUGGUCUUGGGAUCAUGGAGGAAGGUGCCACAGAGUCGGAGAGCAAAUGAAAAGAUGGGUCAACUGAUGAACACUUGAAGACUUCUUCGCACAUGGUUAAGAAAUGUGCAGUAUUCUUUUUAAUUAAUGCAUAUUUUUGGGAAACUUAAUCUUAAACAUACAUUCGUUUAACCUUAUUUAUAAUAGACUUAAAAUUUUAAGUGAUUCACCCAGGUAUGAUUUGAUGGACUAAAAUGGACUGAAUGGAUCUCAUUUUUUUGUAAUUCUUAACUUGAAACAUCAGAAAUGUUAUUGGUUUUCCGAAAGUCUGCUGUGCACUGGAAUUUCUUAUUUUUAAAAUGUGUAUAUAUAAAAAAAAAACAAUUUACUUGAGGUCUGGGUGCUUGGUACAUGCAGCAUGUGCUCUUUUUGGAAAAUAUAUUUAUAACAUGAAAUAUAUUAUUUCACACCACCUAAAGAUUUAAAAUAAUCGAAUUAUUAUAACCAGAGAAGGGUGGUUCUUCAUCCCUAAAUUCGGGGGCUAAGCUUUUGAAAAUCCCACUUUCAAAAUACUUUCAAAAUCAAUUAGUUGGCUUCACGUUUUAAUAAGAAUUACUAGUUUCCUACACUGAGAUCUUGAUCUAUAAAAGAAGAAAUGAUUACCAUCUUUAGUUUGUGACAUUGUUUAGUUGUAUUGAUUUCUUGUGUCUUUUCCCUUAAGUUUUGAAGUUGGCGUUUCCUUACAAAUGUUCACUGAAAGAGAUUUAGACCUUCCUCUGCAAUGUAUUGUGGGAAUUCAUUUAUUGUAAGACAAUAAGGAGAAACUGCUUCGGUGGUUCUCAAGUACGAAAGAGAAAGCAAAGUGUGUAUAUUAUGUUCUUCCCGGAUGUACUCUUCACUGCUGUGUGAGACGUGCAUCAUCUAGUCUUACUGCUUUUAAAAGAUUAGUUUUAUUUAGUGACUGUUUUUGCCAGUAUAAGCAUGGCCACAUCACAGAGGAGCUCAGAACAUUGGUACAGUAUGUGAUAAGAAGCAGAAACAGACGUGAUAUUUUUAUGCUGACCUUUUACAUUGGGUCGGUUGUAAUUGGGGGGGGGGGGAGGAUAUAGAGCUCUUAGACUCUAUUCCCAAACACUAAACUUUUACCUCGGUAGUCUCUUGGUACAAUGAUGUUCCAGUAGAACCUAGUACAAUCUCUUUGUCCCAGAUUCUGCUGGAACUCCUGAAGCCUCUGUUGUGGUUUGGAAGUAUAGCCUAGUGGAAGCAUGGCACUGUGGGAGUAGGUGGGUGUUAAGGGCUGUGAAAAUGAGGUGCAGAGUCAAGGGAGACUCUUGUACUUUGGUUGCAUGAGUCUUUGUGAGGUGUUGCCAUUUCUUUUUGGAAUAAUGGAAUUCAGCAUUGUGAGAACAGAAUAAACGAAUUAAAAAUUGA